GCUAAAAGGGGGAGGAGGAAGGUUCGUCUAGCUCUUGUGGCGUCGGCGUCGCCGAGGUGUCCCGUCUUGCCGUAACGUCUGUGGCUGCUAUAAACCUACACGUCGUCGGUGCGUUUUCGAGGCAGGUGCCAUCGGGACGUCGGUGGGUGCGCUUCGGCGUUUUCACGGUCACUCCCGACGUCUUCUUCUUCCCCCUUUUUGUUUGUUUGUUUGUUUGUUGGGAAACGAAGAAAUCCCCACAACAAACGAAAUCUUUAGAGGAACGUUGCAUUUUGCGAGGGUGUGGCUCUUUUGCGUCCUAUUUGGAAAAAUAAAAAGAAUAGCAGUUGCGUAACCAUCUUUUGACAAAUGUUAGCGUCGUGUGCGUCGUCUUUUAUCUUAGCUCAACAACAAACUCUCUCGCGAAAAGAGUGAAUUGUGUCCAGUUUGCGGUGCAAUGUUACGUGCAAAUUACGGGACAAUCAUCGAAAACGCCAUGAAGACUGUUGGUGGGCCAACCGGUGGUCUCUGUGGACGCUGCAGGACUGCUGCUGUCUCGAACACAAAGUGGCACUGUGUAGUCGGAUUGGCCAUCUGUCCAAUUCCUCCCCAGCAUCACCAGCAACCAGACAGAGUUGUGAGUUGUAGUGUCGCGGCCCCCUUGGUGCUGGCCGUCGUCGAAGCUGCUUCAGUAUCUGCUUCAGCAAGCACAAGUCAAAACAAGAAUGAUCUCCACCACGUCAGUCGGGCACGCAAGGUCGGCGACGCAGCGCAAACGCCAAAGAUUGGACCAACUGGUCGGCAGAAUUGCUCAUUUAGUCGGCAGUGCUCCCAUUGGUAGGAUCACUAAAAGCGCCAAUACAAAUAGUGUCGGUUGUGGUGGUCCAGUCGCAAGGAACAAAAAUCGCAACGGCCACAACAACAACAACAACAACAACGGCAUCCGUAACAGUAGCAUACGCAACAAUAACAACAACAACAACAACAGUGGUGAGGGCGAGGUCGAGAACAUCGACCAGCGUGGUGGACGCAUUUGCGUCAGUCUCUCCGAAGAAGAAGAAGAGGAAGAAGAAGAAGACGACGACGACGACGAGCAAGAAGAAGAAGAAGAGGAGGACGAGGACGAAGAAGAAGAAGAAGAAGACGAAGGGCUGCCCGUCUCCGUCAGCAUGGAGUCUUCCGUUGGCAGUGGCGAGUCUCCUUCGCCUCAGCAACAGACUUUAAUGUCCCGCUUGCGAGUGCGGGGCAACCUCCGGCACAUCCAGCACGUCCACCAUCAGCACCUGCAUCCGCACCAGCACAGCGGAGGUCAAGUGUUCAGUUUCGACCACGUGGUGCCGUCAGUGAUGCCGGCGGCCAUGUGCCCGUCUCAGAGGAGCGCCAGCAUGACGCAGAGUGACGAGGAAGGCGAAGAGGAAGUCUUCAGUCCCGGACCGGGUUUGACGCCUUCCUACUCGGAUCGGCUGGGUCAGCUCAGCCCGUGCAGUCAGGGCAGCACCACCUACGUGGACUCGCCCAGCGGCAUAUCGUUCAGCCCGCUGAGCUUCGCUGCCGAACCGCCGACCACCGACGACCCAUCGGCGGCCAACGCGUUUAGCCGCACUCGAUCGCUCACCGUGUCGGACGCGACGCCGCUCAACUUGUCCACCUGCGGAGUCAGGGAUCGCGGCCACAAUCAUUUUUACCAGGCCGUCACUCCGCCGCACGCCUCCAGCUCGCCGUUUCAUCACUCCGUUGGCGGCACGGCAUUAGCGGGCCAGCCGUUGCGCCCCGCAGCUGCCGCCAUUUCUGGCAGUGGCGGCUGCUCGUCGCUGCUGGAUGUGGUGGAACCGUCGAAUCGGAGACGGGCCAGAUCCGAUUCGGAUUUGUGUCACGAGACGGCCGAUCGGCUAGUGGCCGGCGCCGAGUCUCUGCAUCAGCACGCGACCACGGCGGCCGCUCCGGCCUCGUGGGUCCUGACGCCGGCCAUGACGGCCGGAUCUCCUCGCCCUCAGUCGGUCAGUGGGAACGGCGGCAAUGCUGGACAUGGCCACCACCACCACCACCAACAGAUGAGCCGAUUGGAGCACCUGCGACCUCCGCCCUUGAUGGUCUCGCUCAAGCGCAAUUCUUCCGACUCGACGGACAGCUGGUCGCCGCUUUUCGGCCAGCAAGAGUCUCCGGUCGACUUGUCCGUCCGCUCGGGCAGCAGCUUCAGCUCGGACAGCCCCAACCAGACGAACAGCACCAACACGAGCACGGCGUCCGUCUCGUCGUCCGAGCUGCUGUCGGCCUUUUCGUCGCCACUCUCCGGCGGACUGGAGACGCCUCCUCCGUCGCACGUGACGGUGACGUCCUCGCGGGUGGGCAAGUCGCGCGGGUCGCGACUCAAGGCCCUCACGCGCAGCCUGUCGCUGUCGCAGUACCUCUCGGCCGUCGAGUAUUCGUCGUCUUCCGUCGACCUCUCUUCCGUCGCACUGGACAGCGAGGCCGUUUCGCCCAUCUCGAUGGCUGCCCCGCUUUUGCUUCCGGGCGUCAGUCACCUCCCGGCCGCAGCGACGACGACGGCGGCGGCCAACGCGUUCGGCUGCGACAUUUGCGGCCAAAUUUUCGACCAGCACGACCGGCUGGUCAAACAUUUGAUGUCGCGUCACAAGUUGCCCGUUCAGCUGCAAAGGACGUCGGCCUUGCUCAACGGUGGUGGUAGUAGUAGCAGCAGCAGCAGCAUGGCAGCUGCGCCAGCAGCUGGGCCUGGACCAGUGGCUGAUUCCGGCGUUGUCGUCAAGGGCUAUCAGUGCGAAGUGUGUCAAAGGCCGUUUGCCCGUAGCGACAUGUUGACCCGCCACAUGCGUUUGCAUACGGGACUCAAGCCGUACACGUGCCGCAUUUGCGGCCAGGUGUUUUCACGCUCCGACCACCUCAGCACCCACCAGCGGACGCACACGGGGGAGAAGCCCUAUCGCUGUCCGCAGUGCUCUUACGCCGCAUGCCGAAGGGAUAUGAUCACCAGGCAUUUGAGAACACACACGCGCAGCGAAGACUUGGACUUGGGCCACGUUUCUGAUCCGCGAUGCAAAGAUUCCGGUUAACACACACAUACACACCUUUAAAAAAAAUAAAAAAUAAAAAUAAUACAAAUAAAUCAAGCCAAACAAAAAAAAAAUAAAUAAAAAUUCAGAAAAAAUAAAAAAAAAAAUAAAUCAAAUAAAAAAAUAUAAAAGAGAGAAAGAAACAAAACAAUGUAUUCCGGGCGGAAUGACGAAAAUAUUGUCAUCGCCGAACUACACCAUUCCCGAGUGUGUAACAAUCUGUCAUUUGAUCUUGUCUUUUUGUCUUGCUUAUUUGUGUGCGCGUGUGUUGCUGCACAUCUUCUUCUUGCCUGUCCCUUACCCUUUCUCGAAAGAAUCCAUAGCCCAGAAUGGAUCGCGGAUGGCCAAAUUCCCAAUGCACUCACAAUGUUUUUGUGUCUAAACAACAACAGAAAAAGAAGGAGAAAAAAAAAACAAACAUAAAAACGUGAUGAUGACGAUGUUUUGUAUUCGUCUUCUUCUUCUUUUCUUUCGUUUCUCGUCUUUCUUGCUCUCGUUUCCUUCCUUAGCGAAAGAAGGAAGUUUCUAACAUAAAAAGCGCAUCCAUCCGGAAUUUCUUGUGAUCAGGCUUCUCGUUGCUCUUCCGUCUCUUUUUCUUUUUCCCCCUUUUUUUUUUCUUUCCUUGAAAUUUCGACAACAACAACAAAAUAAUAAAGAAAAAAAAAAAAAAACAAAUGUAAAAAACUCUCCAAUUGAAUUUGCUCCAUUCCAUUCGAUGACUCGGUGACCUGAGUGUUUCUCUCUUUUGCUAUUAUUGCUCUGCCUCCCUACCCCGCUGGCCGUGUCUUACAAUAUCGCCAUUCGCUGAUGGCGUUCAAUUGUUUACUUUCUUUUUUUUUUUUACUCGUUUUCACUAGGCCAAUUGCACAGGCUCACGUAGGGAGAACUGAAAAGAGCUCUCCCGCUCGUAAUAUUAUUGCAAAUCCCAAGACUCGUUUCUUUUUUCAUUCGUCUAUAAUUAGCGCAGGAUGCGUUGAAAACAAGUCCCCAUCGAGUUAUGUAUCAUGUUGUAUAAAUACCUGAAGAUUGUGUUCAAGAAACUCUUUCCAACUAUUGUCACCAUUGAAUCAACAGAGCCAACAACAUCCACACCUUUCUUUUCUUUCUUUUUUUUUAAUAUUUUCUAUCCUCCCUAGUGUCGUUUCCCUCCAUUAUUUCUUCUUUUUCAUUUCUUGAAAAAAACAUUUUUUUCAUCGUUAAUGUGUGCUGGGUUGUGGAUAAGUCGUGUCAUGAUUACCCACAUUAUCUCUCGUGUUCGUGCGAGCGCGAGCGAGAUUGAGCUCACCGGCCGCUAUCGUCAUUAUACCGACCUCUCGCUAGGUUUUCUUCUGCGUCUAACCCCGCCCAGCACUCAAAACACAAACAGAGAAUUAAAAAAAAAAAAAUUAUUUGAAAAGAAAAAUGAGGUUAAAACGACAAGGAGAACAAACAAACGUGUGCAGUUGCGCAGUGGGGUUUUCUUUUUCUUUCCUUUUUGUACACCCAACGGACCUCACAGAUCAGAUCGGAUCGUCAGCAGAUCCAGUAUCGUUUCCGCCGUAUAAAUUGUAUUCCAUCAAUUUUCUUUUGGUUUUAUUUGGCUCUCUCUACUCGCUCACAUGACCCUAAAAAUAAUUUAGACGUCGUUCGUUUUUUUUUUCUCUAAAUAGAUAUACAGAAAAAUUUAUACUUUAUACAUAUAAUUAGUAAUACUAUUAUGCCUCUUGAAAUUUGUCCUUGUUUCAUUGUGUGUGUGUGUGUGUGUGUACGUAUUCCGCGAGCUCAGUACAAGAAUUGUAUAAAAAUAUGUGAGCGCACACACACGCAUGUAGUUUGAUUUUAUUUUUUUGCUCCACUCCACUCUCUAAAUGGCUCAUCAAAUUUUGUCCUCAAUUGUGUGAAUAACUUUUUUUGUAUCAUCCUUUUUAGCCCCGUGUGUUUCACUUCCUCUCGCCAUCUCCCGCCCAUUCGUGGAUCGAACGGAGAUUCAAAACAUUAAUAAAGAAAGAAAGAAAAACAAAAAAAUCACACGAGGGUAGUGAUGAUACAACAGCUACUGUUCAUUAAAACAAAAUGAUAGAAUGAAAUUGCAGAUGUUUCUUUUUUUUUUAGAGAUGUGAUUAAAUACUCGGAUGAGCAGGGCCAUGACGUAGUGUGAUUACACCUCCUCCAAUAAAAAAAAACAGCCACAAACAAUGUUAUAUGAUAUGCGUGUGAUGAUGUGAUUCGAACUGAAAGAGGGAAAGCAAGCCCGGUUUGACGUGAUGAAAUGAUAAAAGAAAUUGACGAUAUGGCUAAAUACACACAAACACACACUGUCGAA